AUGUCUGAUAAUCUCAUUUUACUUCUUAAUCAAUUAAGUUAUCAAAUAGUUGCGGCAUCUUAUAAUGGAGAAAAAAGGUUUAGUUCUACACGAGUGGAUGAUAAUAAUUUUAAAAAAUGCGUUAAAAAAUUAAGAAAAUUAGGAUGUGAUGUUCUUCUUAAUAAAUCUAAUACAUUACCACCUCCGGAUCCUUGUAUAACUGAUUACGGUGGUAAUUGGAGCCCUGUGACGUUAUUAUCUGAUUAUGCAAAGUCACUGGAAACCAAGUUUUUAAAAAAAUAUUCUGAUAUUCUUAAUAAUAGUGUGAAAUCUUUACAAGAGGGAGAAUAUGACUGUGUUAAUGAUUUACUAAAAUUUUUACUUAUUAUUAGAGGACCUAGUCAUGAAAUUAAAAAUGAGGCUGAUAAAUUUACCAGUAACGAUUCAAAUUUUUCACUUUGUGAUAGAGAUUCAUUUUAUAGUCUAUUAGAUGAAUGCAUGCCAUGUUUUACCAACAAUGCAUCUAGUAAAUUUUCUCAUCAGAAAAGUAUAAUAUAUGAAGAAAGUUGGACCAAGGCUUUCGGUGACAAAUUUCAAAGUCUUGGAGAAAGUUCGAAAAAAAAUUUUUUUUUACAUUCAGGAAAAAAAAGUCUUGAUUCCGUAUUCAAAAACAAUAAUAUUUCUCCUGCGCCUAGUCGAACAGCAUUUGGUUUUACGGAUAUUUGUUCAGACAGAACAAUCAAAAAGGACAAGAGAAUUUUUGACAAGAAACAUUUAUAUUUUACUGCUAAUUCCUUAUUGGACAGUUUUGUUGAUAAUCCAAUUACUCAUAAGUUACCUGGUAUAAAUAUUUCUCGAAAAGAACAGCUUUCGCAAGACAAUCAGUUAAAAAAAAAAUUAGAUAUAAAUAAAGAAAAUGAUCAAAUUUCUGAAGACCUAUCCCAAGUAAGUCUUUCAAUAGACUCUGGAAGGAAAGUCGAUGUAAGAAGAGACUCAAAUUUUUUUCAAAGUUUCGAUACUUUACGUGGGAAAAACGAAAAGAGUUCUGCGACAUGUUAUAUCAGUGAUGAAAUUUCACUUCACCCCAAUGAUAAAAACAUGAGCAAGGGUUCGCAGACAUCAUGCUCAUCUUAUUCGAAAGAUAUAAUAUUAGGACUUUGGGAACAUGAUAAAGCUUUAAUAAAAGAAUUCAGGCCGGAAUUGGCUAGUUGUUUGCCUACCUUAAGAAUGAUUUCAAUUUAUAAAUUCAUUGAAGAUGUAAAAUAUCUGUUAACAGGAAUAAAUAGUGAAACUUUUAUUUAUCAGUCAGAUGAAAAAACAUUUGUAAUAAAAUAUGGAACGUGUUUGAGAGACGUCACACCGGAAAGCUUGUAUCAUUUUUCUAAAGAAUUUGUUGAAAUAGGAAAUUGUUAUAAAUUAUUAAAUGAUCGAGCUGUAAAAAAUUGUAUAAAUGAAUCAAAAACAUGCAAUACCAUAUUUCAGGCAUUUUGGAAAAGUAUAUAUGACUACUUAGAACUUCAUUAUUCAAUGAUAUUGGAAAUUCCCAUAAAUGUUAAUUUGAUGUUGUUCAAGUCUAUAACUUCAAAUAUAUACGACAUGAUUAUAACAAUAUCAAAUAUCUGUCAGGUUUUCGAUGCUAAAACUUUACCGGAGGAUGGAAAAUUAAUUACUUAUUUGUUACAAAUGUUGGAAAAAAUAAAUAAGAAAAAUGUUAAAAAUGUUGUCGUUGGUAUACUUCAAAAUUGUUGUUCGGUUUAUCUUAGGUUUAUAAAAUAUUACAACUACCUUCGUACCAGACAAAAAAAAAAAAAAAAUUCUUUUAUUCAAUUCAAAAAAAUCUUUUGUUUUUUUUUAUUUAGAUGUAUUCUUCAACCUUGGAUGUUUGCGGGUACUUUAAAACAUGAAAAUUGUGAUUUUUUCAUUGAUUAUUUGAAACAGAAAACAAAUAUCAAAAGUCGAACUUACUACAAAUCCUUUCAAAUAAUUAAACAAAAAGUUCCAACGUUUUUAAAUGGAUUAGAAAAAAGUAUAUUAAACUGUGGGAAAAGUAUUCAUUUUUUAAAAUUAUUUAAUUCGAAGGAUAAAUUUUGUCAGCUUUUGGAAAAAUCAGAUUUUCCCAUUUUGCAACUGUGCCUAUCGGAAAACGAAUUUGAAAAACUCGAUGAAAAAUUUAAAGAAUACAAAGAAAAAGUGUUGAAAGAAUGCGGAGAAUUUACAUCGUUGAAAAAUCUAAUGGAAAACGAUAAGGAAAAAGAAAAGUGUUACGUCGAGUACGUGAAAGAGUGUAAAAUGAAAGCGGAAAACGAAAGAAAAGAGAAAAAAAUGAAACAAUUGGAAAAUUUCAAAAAUAAAAAAGAUAUUCAAAAUAAAUUACUCAACGAAGAAAUAAGUAAAAUGAGAGCGGAAAAGGUUAGGAAAAAAUUAGAAGAAGAAAAUGCUAUUAGAGAAAUAGAAGAAAAGAUAAAGAGAGCCGAGGAAAAGGAAGCGGACGCGAUUAGGGAAGAAAAGAAAAAAAUUAUCAAAUAUUAUAAUAAAAUGAUGCGGGCUUUGGAUUUCCAAAUGGACAUUGUCGAAACGAGAAAACAAAAUCUAAUGAAAAUGAGUCGAAAUUAUUGUACGAACAAAAGUGUAACGGAUUUGAUAAACAACGAUCAGAACGACAACAACAACACGGAAGUUAUAUUUGAAAUGACGGAAAAUGGCAACGAUCAAAUUUCACUCACGUCGGAAAAUGUCGAUUUAAAUUCGAAUCCGAUUUUUUUCGAUGCAAUCAGUCAAUGCGAAGACAAUGAUGGAAAACAAUCUUGUGAAAAGGUUUUGACAGAACAAAACAAUCACACGGUUUCGUUCGAUGAAAAUUCAAAUGUCGAGGAAUCGACGAUUUUAAACAACAAUUCCAUUUCUCAAAACGCAGGAGCAUUGGAAUCUCAGGAAACGGUUAAAAAUAACAACAAAAAUUUUGAUUUUAAAGGAGCUUCAAUAUGGAAAACUGCUUCGAGAGAAGCGGCAAGAAACAAAAUCAAAUGUUUGACGUCGGAAUAUGGCGGCGCGUUUUUCUCCACGGAGUCAAAUCAUUUCAACAUGAAAUCUUUGUCGGAUAAUAUGAACAACGUGAAAAAAUUGAAAAAUAACGAUAAAAUUCAAACGUGUUCGAGUAGUCGUCGUGAGAAUGAUGAAUCGAAUUUGAUAAAACGGAUUUCAUCGGAAGAAGAAGUGGCACAAGAAAAAGAAAAAAAUUGCAUCAAUUACAAAGUACAAACGGUCGAAGAUAGUCCAUUCAAAAGAAAUAAAUCUCAAUUUUUUUCCGCCGUUGAUAUUUUACAAAUGGCAGAAGUUGAAAACAAAAAAGAUUUUUCAAAUUCAGAGAGCGGUGAAAAAGAGAAAAUAACGAGUAGUAAUAAUAAUAAUAAUAAUAACGAAUCUCCUUCGAAAGAUGAAAAAUCCGGAGGAAGUGAUCGGGCGAACAACAAUGACGUCAUUUCCGAUUCGGUGGGUUUGAAAAAAAAAUCAAAUUUGAUAUUGAAAAAUCCAAUGUACAAGAAAGCUUUGGUCAAAGAUUUGAAAAUAUCGUCGCAAAAAUUAUCUUUCAAAGAUGUCUUCAACGACGUGGAGGAAAAGGAAACCGUGAAAUUUCACUCCAACACGGACGUGAAUAAAUUCGAAAGGUAUUUAAGGAAAAGCAUAAUGAUUCCUCUCGCGAUACAAGAAAAAUUAGCCAACGAUGCUCUCUUGAAUCAUUUAUUGAUACAACUUUAUCGUUACACGAUGACUCAAAUUAUGGUUACCCUCGACGAACAUAUUUAUUUCAACGGAAUUCAACUUUCUUGGUUAAGUUUUUUAAAAGAUUUAGAAACGGCGGAAAAUAUUGAUCAUUUAUAUCAAAAACAUGUUAGUUUUAUAAAAAACGUUGUCGCAAGGUGUUUUUUAUCAAAAGACAGCGAAGAAUUAUUAAAAUGUUUAAAUAACAUAAUCGAAAUAGUAUUGAAAUUUCAUUACACGACCGUAUCCUCACCUUUCGUCAUGUUAAUCGAUGGUAAAUACGAACAUUUAAAAUUUAACGUUUUAAAAAAAAAUUUCAAAGAUUUUUACACGGUCAUGAGAACGUUUCUCAAAAUAUUAAAAAAUAAAGUAGCCGCAAAAGAAAUUCCCAAUUAUCAUUAUGUUUUAAUAGAAAAAUUCAAUUUGAAAUUGGAUUGA